AUGCUGACUGGAGAACUACCUGAGAAGCAGCAGACCUCCAUUCUCAACAGCAUGACCAUGCAGCCCCGGACCCGCAAACCCAGUACUGUGGACAAGGAGAAACUGGGUCUCUUUAACGCUCACGCCUUCACGUUCCUCAUUUUGUGGUAUUUCUUCAGUGCGUGUACUCUGUUUCUAAACAAGUACAUACUUGCCACAUUGAGGAGCGACCCCACACUGCUAGGAGCCAUGCAGAUGGUGAUGACCACCAUAUUUGGGUUCAUCCAGAUGUACUUGCCACUUGGCAUGUACACCCCAGUCAACAGAGAAGGCAAACCUCCCAACUUCUGGAGGAACAUGAUUCUUGUAGGAACAACCAGGUUUUCUACAGUCGUGCUAGGCCUGGUUGCCCUAAAGUUUGUGGCCGUAUCCUUCACAGAAACAGUGAAGAGCUCGGCCCCUUUGUUCACCGUGUUUAUCUCCAAAAUCUUGAUAGGAGAGUUCACAGGAAUCUACACAUUCUUCUCGCUGAUUCCCAUCAUGCUGGGGCUCGGCCUGUGUUCGGCGUACGAGCUGAGCUUCAACAUUCAGGGUUUUGUCGCAGCCAUGGCCACUAAUUUAACAGAAUGUUUGCAAAAUGUUUAUUCCAAGUUGUUGAUAAGUGGAGAGAAAUAUAAAUAUACCCCUGCAGAGCUGCAGUUUUACACAAGCAUUGCCAGCAUCGUUGUCCAGAUUCCUGCCUGUUUCAUCAUGAUGGAUAUAGAAAAGGUCCACCGCACGCUGGACAUGACACUCCUAUCUUCUUUACUCUUAAACGGGGUUUUCUUCCAUUUCCAGUCCAUUUCGGCAUAUGUACUUAUGGAUUAUAUUUCUCCAGUUACUCAUAGUGUGGCCAACACAGUCAAACGUGCAUUUCUAAUUUGGCUUUCUGUGAUCCUGUUUGGCAACCCAGUGACAUUCUUAAGUGGCCUUGGUACUGUAAUCGUGACGAUUGGUGUGUUGUUGUACACGAAGGCCAAGGAACACGACCAGCAGCUUCUAGAAAUUCGAGAAAGAUACAGGAAUGAGGUCGUUGACAAGGAACUCGUGGUUCGGCAGCUCUAA